UUAUCUGCCCUCCUGGCCCAGAUGCCUUCUUUCUUGCCUUCCUCUCAGGGCAGGGGCAGAGCAAGGUUGGAGUGGACCUCGGACAAAAAGUCUCGAUGGGUCCCUGCCACCUGCCACCUCACUGCCUUCUUCAGAGAAGCAAGAGAGGGAGAGUGAAGAGCAAGCUGUCGCUCAGUUGGCAGGCCCCUCCCUCUCCCUCAGGAGGCAGUAUUCACUUCCUAUCUCCUAAGUGAGAAAAUUCAGUAUCUUUUGGCCCUGCUUUGGAUCCUCCUCCUGCAUCAGAGGUUAGUUACAUCAUGGAUACUGUCAAACAGUGUAAUCCAGAAGAUCAGUCAGUAGUCAGUAAAAUGCAGAAGAAAUACUGGAAAACAAAACAAGUCCUAAUAAAAGUUACAGGAAAGAAAGAAGAUGAACAUGUGGUAGCAUCUGAUGCAGAACUGGAUGCCAAACUGGAGAUUUUUCACACCAUUGAAGUGACCUGCACAGAUCUUUUAAAGACAAUUGAAAAAUACCAGCAGGGACUUAAUGCUAUAUCUGAGCAGGAGAAUGAGCUAGGGCUCUUCCUAAAGUUUCAAGCAGAUCGAAGUGAAGCUCAAAUUGACAGAAUGAUUGAUGCCACUGGCAAGGCCCUCUGUUGUUCUUCUCAACAAAGGCUAGCUCUUUGCACUCCUUUGUCUCGGCUUGGACAUGAACUUGCAACCUUUAGUCAGAGAGCUGUGUCUGAUACCUUGCUAACAAUCAAUCGAAUGGAGCAGGCACGCACAGAAUAUAGAGGUGCUUUGCUGUGGAUGAAAGACGCUUCCCAAGAACUGGAUCCAGACACUUGCAAGCAAAUGGAAAAGUUCAGAAAAGUGCAAAUGCAAGUAAGAAACACCAAGGCCCAGUUUGAUAAGCUGAAGAUGGAUGUUUGUCAGAAGGUGGACCUUCUUGGAGCCAGCCGCUGUAAUAUGUUGUCCCACUGCCUUGCUAUCUACCAGAUGACUUUUUUGCAUUUCUGUGAGAAGACAACUCAAAGGAUGUCUGAAAUUAAUGAAGGCAUUACUUGUUUCCACUCAUGUUAUCCUGAUGCAUCUGAGGAGGCUAUUAACCAAUCUACAGAAGAAGGUAAAGAGAAUGAUGAAGAUGCUAUCUCUGCAAACCUUGAUAAGUUGAUUUUACUGGAUGAAGAUGCUUCUGCCAUUCCAUCAGAAGAAUUGCCCACGGACUCCUUAGAAGAUUUUGAGAGAGAUUUUUCUUUCCUUUACCAAGCAACAGUUCUUCAAUUGUUCAAUUUACCAAGCAACAGUUCUUCAAGUACUCAAAAUAUCACCCAGGAAUGUCAACAAGUAUUUGGAAGUCCUUGUAUGAAUCUCCCUACGCAGGGACCUGUUAGGGAGGCAGAGCCACCUGGAUUCCUACCUUCACAACUACUUGAUGUUGGCCUUCAUAUGGCUGAGAAAUUCAGUAGUUGGAUCUCUCAGUCAGAAUUUCUAGACCCGUUCCCCAAAUCACUGCCUGAGAAUCAGCCAGCACCUUCACACAGCACACCAAAGAUACUACAAGGGUCUGUGGAGACUAAUAGCCAAGGCAUGUCAGCAUGGUUCAAUGCUUUUGCGGACUUGGAUCCCCUUUCAAAUCCGGAUUCUAUUGGGCGUUCAGAUGAUGAACUCCUCAUUGCCUGAUUAGCUGUUUUAUCCAGCACACAAGCUUCUCCAGUAUCAAACAACAGUGUCCUUCAAGGAGAGACUCUAAGAUUGCAUUGUAGAUAUCACUAAUAGUGAUGGCGGCACACUGAGAAUAUUAAGAGUGAAAACUGACGAUGUCUCUUGAUUUCAGGGGUAUUUUAAAGGUAUGGAAGUUUGUUAUUCAUUACUACUUGCUCACAUAGAUAUAGCACAAUUAAUUUGUCUCUGAAUGGAGUGAUAAGCACAGGAUUUCAACCAUACUUUCCAGAAGUGAAAGUUACAGAAGUUAGGCAACCAAAUCUCUUCUUCUCUCAGCCUUCUAUACAUUUAUUUGACUCAGGAUUUGAGGAAAGCUAUUUACAUACUCACAUAUGGCUCUCAAACUUCUGGUAGAUAGCUAAAUUUCUUUAUGGAAUUCUUAUGCAUAUAAUCCUUUUGUUACAUACAUCUGAGGUUUUGCUCUUUAAUCUAUUUCCUCUCUGCGUGGAAGACAAGUAGCUUAGAGUACACAACAACACAUAUUUUGUUGAUUGUAUUUGACUUUUUCAAUGCCCAGUACAUUUCAAUAGUAAACAUACUGCAUUCACUCCUUAUUUUAAACAGGUAUUUAUGUAAAUCAUCCAGAACUCAAGGGUCUUGCAGCUACCAGAGUCACUUCCCCAAGGGCCAGACUCAGUGUUACAUGCAGAUGUGUGUAAUAUCAUCCAAGCAGCCCUUUUUAAACUGGAAAAGCUGUUUCUGGAAAGGUUAGUGGGACUGUAGUGGGAUGUUAAUGCAUUCCCUGCUCCAAUUCUCUGCUCCUCCAGUCCUUUUUACUCUGUAGAAUUUCAGGUGUGGGUUGCCCACACUUCAAAUGCCAUGGAAGGAGAAGGAAAAGGGGAGGGUGAUGUCUCAAGAUGGGGAAAGGGUUAAGCACCUUCCCCUUUCUCUGAUCCCUGUUGCCUUUUCAGAAGUGCCCCCCCCCACCAGUAAAAAUAGUUUUUGCAUGUUGUCACAUGCAUAUACUCAUAGCAUCUAGCUUGGUAAGAGCAGGACUGGAGAGACUUUUAAAAGUACCUGAAUAUAUUAGUUACACAGUUGACAUAACUCUCAGUCAGAGCAUGAAACAGUUUCCUAGAAUGUUAUUGUAGGAAACAAUGUUAUUCAAUUGUUUUGAAUCAGUUAAAAGAGACAGUAAAGCCCUUGAGUCUGUUCUGAUCCUUUUGUAGCUUUAUAGUUGAUAAUUUGGAAAUUGGUCAUUCUACAUGUACACUUCCACAUGUAAGACACUUAUUUUAAGAUGUAUAAAUGAUUCUUAUUUAAGAUGAUAUUACAGUAAGAGAAAUACAUGUUCUACGUUCAGUAUACUCAUCCAUUUGUGUUGACUUAAAGUUUAUCAAGACAAAAUAAAGAAUAUUACAGAACUAUA